AAGGUGGAGCUGCUGGAAACGCACAGGACGCACUGGGUAGCAGAGGAACUGAAGAGCUGUAGUGUGUCGGUGAACCUGAUGCCUUGCAAUACUUACAGCAGCCUACGUAUGGCAAACCAAUAGGCAUUAAUAGCGACGAGGCUUCCGUCCUGCGGUGGUUUUUAAAUACUUGGGGUCGCAGAAGUGCGCAAAACACUCAUCCCACAGUCUUCUUUCCGCUGCACAUGAACCACUGCUCUUCACGGUGGAUGAGAAGAAUGUUGCUUCCUCUUCAAGCCUCAGAAAAUGAACGCCAAUCUGUGUCUGACAACAGACCACCAACUGAACGCUAGCUGCAACAACUCCUCGCCCUUUUUCAACUGGACAGUUGGGGAUGAUGCCCUGCAGCUGCCCACAUUUACCACAGCAGCCAAAAUCAGAGUGAUUAUAACCUGCAUUCUAUGUGGAAUAUCUACCUUUUGCAACCUUGCUGUGCUUUUGGCGGCACAUAGAGAUGGGAAACGCAAAUCCCACGUCAGGGUACUGAUAAUCAACCUGACAGUGGCUGAUCUGCUGGUGACCUUCAUUGUGAUGCCUGUGGAUGCCGUGUGGAACAUCACAGUCCAGUGGCUCGCUGGGGACUUUGCCUGCAGGCUAUUGAUGUUUCUUAAGCUGCAGGCAAUGUACUCCUGCGCCUUUGUCACCGUGGUGAUCAGUCUGGAUAGGCAGUCAGCCAUCCUCAACCCUCUGGCUAUCAGUAAAGCCAGAAAGAGGAACAGAAUCAUGCUGACUGUGGCGUGGGGCAUGAGUGUCAUACUGUCAGUCCCUCAGAUGUUCCUUUUUCACAAUGUGUCCAUCAUUCACCCCAAGGACUUCACUCAGUGUGCCACGCGUGGAAGUUUUGUCACUCACUGGCAUGAAACGGCCUACAACAUGUUCACUUUUUCUUGCCUGUUCCUGCUGCCUCUGGUCAUUAUGGUCACCUGCUACACCAGGAUCUUCUGUGAGAUCUCCAAACGACUGAAAAAGGACAACUCGCCCUCUGAUGAAGUGCAUUUGCGGUGUUCGAAGAAUAACAUUCCCAGAGCCCGGAUGAGAACUCUAAAAAUGAGUAUUGUGAUUGUCUCGUCUUUCAUUAUCUGCUGGACUCCAUACUACCUGCUGGGCCUCUGGUACUGGUUCUUCCCUGAGGACCUUGAGGGGAAGGUCUCCCACUCACUAACCCACAUCCUUUUCAUCUUUGGGCUCGUCAACGCCUGCCUGGACCCAGUCAUCUAUGGCCUGUUCACCAUUCAUUUCCGUAAGGGGCUCCGGAGGUUUUACUGCAAUGCCACCACGAGGUCCGACCUGGAAAACAUCACGGUUUUAACUGCAUCUUUCACUUGUGCUAGCAACUCUUUGCCACUGAAAAGAGAGGUGAGCCCUGCCAGCCAGGAGAGGUUCACGUUGAGCUGUGAAGAUAACCACAGCAAAGCAGAGUUGACGUCAACAAGAAAAAGCUUUUUAACAGCAGACAACAGUGCAGAGAGAGAUCCAAAGCAGUCCAGCCCUGAGAGCGUCAUAUGAGGAGAGUACAGGGUGGAGAAGCGGUUUUAUUUAGUUUGAUUUAUUCAGUGUCUGACGGUCAGCGUGUCAUUUUGACUUUUGAAUUGUAACAUGCUUCUGUACAAAACACAAAGGCCAAAAAUCAAUUCCUUGAAGAGUGGAAGCUUCAUAAAAUAUGUACACAAUUGACAAUACACUAACAUAACAAGCUUCUGUUAUAAAUAAAUGUAUAUGUUCUGUACAUUGUAACUUGAUGUCGUCUUGAAAUAAAUGUAUUCACUGGAGUUUAAAGU